CACAAAUCCCAGGAAAUGAUAGAAGGUGGAAUUACAUCCAGGAUGUCGGGAAUAAUUGAGAAUGCUGGGCAUCAUCCGUCUCCACAAGACUACAGGCUUCUGACCACGGACCCCUCCCAAUUGCGGGAGGAGGACCUCCCCGGGGACCUGCAGUCUCUGUCAUGGCUCACCUCUGUGGAUGUGCCCCGACUACAGCAGAUGGUUGACAGCAGAGGCCACAGUAACGGGCCCUCCCAGGGCAGCUUGUUGGAGCAACAGACAGCUCAGCUAAACAACAUGACGAUGACAGCAGGUCAGGGAUCCAUGCUCCACCUCCAGAGCAACAUGCACCACAGCCCCCUGGGAAUCAGCAUCAUCAACACCCACAGCGGAAGUAUGUCUCCAUUCUCAAUGAGUGGGCUGCCCUCACCCGGAUACCAGUGCCCUACCUCAGUCUACCAGCCCACACCCCAGCAGGUGUACUCUCUAACCCAAACUGGACAACAGUGUUCAACUGGUGGGCUUUAUAGCAAUGUCUCUUUCAACAACCAAAGUCUGUUUACGCAACCUCGCCUGGCUCCACAAGACCAGGAGCUGCAGCCCAAGUCUUUCCCCAAGCCAAUCUACUCCUACAGCUGUUUGAUUGCCAUGGCUCUGAAGAACAGCAAAACUGGCAGCCUUCCAGUCAGUGAGAUCUAUAGCUUUAUGAAGGAACACUUUCCUUAUUUCAAGACUGCACCUGAUGGAUGGAAGAACUCAGUUAGACACAACUUGUCCUUAAACAAAUGCUUUGAGAAGGUGGAAAACAAGACGAGCAGCUCUUCGCGUAAAGGCUGUCUAUGGGCGCUGAACCCUGCCAAAAUUGACAAGAUGGAGGAAGAGAUGCAGAAGUGGAAACGCAAGGAUCUCCCAGCUAUCCGCCGCAGCAUGGCUAAUCCUGAUGAGCUGGACAAACUGAUCACAGACCGCCCAGAGAACUGCAGACGCAAGACUAUGGAGCCAGGCAUAACACGGCUGCCCAACUGUCCAACUGGCCUCCCACUGUCAGUCCCAGCCCAGAUGCAGCCUCAGCCUAUAGUCACCCUCUCCCUGCCAUGUUUACCCAUGCACCAGCACCACCAGCUUCAGGCCCAGCUACAGGCGCAGGCCCGGCUGGCCCCCAUGUCCCCUGCUCCGGCCCAGACACCCCCCCUCCACACAGUCCCUGACCUUUCCCACAGUCCCCUCACCCAGCACGCGAGCAAGCCGCCAGAUGACUUCUACAGUGUACAUGGUGACACUCACACAGAGGUGGAUGCACUGGAUCCCAGCAUCAUGGACUUUGCCCUUCAAGGUAACCUGUGGGAGGAAAUGAAGGACGACAGCUUUAACCUGGAUGCUUUGGGCACCUUCAGUAACUCACCCCUCCGACUAUCAGACUGUGACUUGGGAACGGUCAACCUCCCUCCUGCCUCCAGCGGAGCAAACCUGCCGUUGUCAGACGUGCAGGUGACGGGCCUCUACACCUCAUAUGCCUCCCAGGAUCACCUCUCUUCCCAGUACAUGGGCACACCAGCCACCAGCAAGCCCAUCGCCCUGCUUUAAAGCAGCAGAACUGUCUCGAAAAGAGUCGGCACAAUUUGUGUGACUGUCUGUGGAUAAUUGUGGGCAUCAGCUGAAGAAGUCUGAAGGUUUAUUUUGAGCAAAUCACCUGGGAACUAUCUGAAGAAAAUGCUUGAAAAUAAUCUCCCCAGAUACAUUCCACAAGAAAACAAAACUGGUGAUAAAGAGGCUGCUGUAGGAGAAAAGUAUGUAAGACUUAAAAUACCUAGCUUUGCCAAGCAAAGACUCAAAGUCUGUGUAAGUACAAACACUCUUGGUGGAGAAGUCAGUUAGCAUCUGCCAGUUUUUCUACUGUUCACUCCGCGUUUUAAAGCCCUAUCAUACUGUAGCUCCCUGUCUCUUGUCUGUUGUAUCGUGCUAGACAUAAUUGCUGUGAUGUUUUAUUUAUAUUUAU